UGAUAUAGGACAUUCAACAAUCACGCUAUGAGUAAUCGAUCGUUGUGAUACAAUCUCAGUAGCGUGAUGUGUAGUAAUGCUGAAGCGACCACGCCAACGCUCCGUAACUUUACUACAUUAGUCGAUGAUUUAUUUUGAAAAUGUGAAACGAUAUGAAAGUUUAUCCAGAGAAUAAAGUAAAACAUGGACGUAAAAGUAAUAGAAAAAUUGAGAGAAACGAGGAGGUCAACGGCAUAUCACUGUUUGCUGCUAGUCUACGACAUCAAACAACUGAAUUCUUCAAUAAUUCAACACUACACGGGGUUAGAUAUAUCGCAGAAAAAGACAGACCGUUUUGUGAAAAGUUUAUGUGGUUCAGUUUUACUGCCAUAGGAGCAGUAACGACUUGUAUUAUUAUCGUAAGCUUAUGGGAAAAGUUUCAAACCAAUCCAACGAUUACAGGUCUCGAUACGGAUUUUCACAAUUGGGAUGUUCCUUUUCCAGCUGUGACAAUAUGUGAUGCUAGUCCUGUCGAUGAUGAAUUACUGCAAGAGUAUAUCGAAAGUGUUUGGGGCUCCGAUCCUCCGGAACGAGCUGCCGAAAUGCUGCAAUGGCUGGCCACAUUGAGCUAUAGUUCUAUAGCAGAACAUGCCGCUGAAUACUUAGCGGAGCCGGGACUUGUAGGCGAAAAUGAAAACAAUGUGCCGGAACCCGCUAGAGAUUCGAAAGAAGCCGUAUUUAAAGUUGUGCGACAUUGCGAAACAUUAUUCUACGACUGCGUGUGGAAAGGAGAUUCCGAAGAGUGUUGCGAUUUGCUCAUACCUGUAUUCACGGAAAUGGGCUUUUGUUAUGCUUUUAAUUCAAGACACGCGGAGAAAAUUUGGCCCUGGCAGUCGCAAGCACAACAAGAACAGUUUAUAGAGGCAUUUAUUCACGAAACUGACGCAAAAUGGUCAUUUAUGUUUAAUUCGGACCGCAAAAAUACGACGUUCGACAUCUAUAUACAUUCGACUGAAGAAAUGGCUGGUUUAGAACAAAGCGCUCAGCACUCAUGGGACUAUCGCGUCGAAAAGGUUUCAUUUUCCGUCAAGCAUACCUAUACAACUGACGAUGCUCGCCAAUUGUCAAUCCGUCAAAGGCGUUGCGUAUUCGCUGAUGAAUUGCACCUGGAUACAUCGAAUAUCUACACCUAUUCAGCUUGCAUGAGACAAUGUCGUAUGCGAAGAAGUCGUUCGUUUUGUAAAUGCGUGCCUCAUUUUUAUCCAACUAUAAAGGGAUACAAGCAAUGUACAUUGCGGGAGCUGGAAUGCAUAGCGAAACACGCAAGCGCUAUUACAGAUGUGACUAAAUGCUCAUGUGAGCUGGGCUGUUCCCACACCGUUUACGAAGUUGAAAAAUUAUCUGAAACUGAUGCUACGAGAGGGGGCGAAAGCAAUUCUUUGGAGACGGAAUUUGUAUCGUGGCCGAUGGUGCGCUAUAAGCGCGAAGUGCUCUUUGGAUGGGUGGACCUUUUAGUAUCUUUCGGGGGGAUCGCUGGUUUGUUCCUCGGUUUCUCGCUGUUGUCCGGGGUCGAGUUGCUGUACUACUUCACGCUAAGGGCGUGUUGCGCAGCGGUACGUGACGCCGACCAGCUGCGAAGAGAACGAGCCGAAAGACUAGCGCAGCCGAAACCGCCACACAAUCUUAGUUUGAUACCUUGGUGGAAAGAACCGCCUAUACCCGGAAGCGUACGCCCGAUUCUUGUUCGUGCAAAGGAUUCCAUGCCGCCGCAGUACUCUCCUCCGCCGGGUUACACGACAUAUUUACCGUAACAGCAGGUCGCGAUUCCGACGCAUUUCACCCUAUGAACUGACUAUAAACUAACUUCCGUCAUAUCAACCAACCAGGUCUAAAUAUUGUAGUAUGUGGGUGUUUGUCGCAGUUUCACCUGCUUUUAAAUUGGCGAUAAAUAAUAUGACUCUUAUCGACAUGGAAUUACAUGAAUUAAGAAUAAAAAUUCAAUUAUAUUAAUAUUAUUUUAUUCGAUUUCUCUUGGUCACACAACACAUUCAUCUAAAUCUCGCGACAAGAUUACAUUGAACUGCAUUAUCGUAAUAAAAGACGUAAAAAUAGUCAACAAACAUUCGAAAAUUAAAUGUUACAAAAAAAAAAAGGAAAUAAACACGAAAAUGCAACAAUUUACUAUGAUUACAUAUUAAUUUUUUUCAAAUCAUAAUCUGUCAAAAAAAGUUUGGACCUCUUUCAAACAAUUACACGUAAUAUGUAAAUUGGUAUCGACUAACAAUCGAGUUAUUAUUCCAUUACGAAGUUUGACUCGUAAAUUGCUCAACUAGAUCAUCAGAAACCAAUAAAUUAAACUAACUAGGACUUAAUGCUUACAUGAUGUAAUAUUUUUUUUUAAUACAUACAUAUUUUAUCACCUUGUCGGGGUGUUCGUUCUAAACUUUACUUUCAGUUUUAUUGACAACCGACCGAACGGUAGCAAUUAAUUUAACGUAAUUAAACUAUCAAUCUUCUACAAUAUUCUACCUACAUCAUUCAUUCGUUCUAAUUUCAACUUUGGCUAAAUAAUACGUUCGUUAACUUCGACUCAUAAUUCGAAUUGUUUUAUGUGAAAAAUCUACCCAGUUCAUUAAAAUAUUAAAACUGUUGUAUACACAUUAAUAUUACGUUUAUAAUUGAAUUAUUGACGGUACGUACUUUUCAGGUGUUAAUAAAUAAGGAUUCGUUUAAAUAGUAUUUCGAAAUUGUUUAAAGUACCAAUUCCGCACAUGGUUUAAAUAGUGACGAGCGAUUAUGACGGAAAAUCGAUUUUAAUGCAAUCGUUUACAAUCGAAUAAUAUCGACGAUUUAUUGAUUUGAAAUGAUUAAAAGGGACCAUCGUAUUAUUACGAUCGAUCCGCGAACAGUCGCUUAAGUGCUUAUAGAAUUUCAUCUAUUGAACGAAUCUCUCUGAAUAGCACUGUUUAUUCGAAAUUAUUACAUGCACAUUACCUUAUGUUUGGCACUAAGAUAUUAUUAAUUACGAAAAUAACGUAAAUCACGCACAAGAUGGUUUACCUGUUGUCCUAGGUGGGCGGUGGUGGGCGAACAAUAGCGAUGCUACGCAGUGCGACUAAUUUCAAUAAAACACGUGAUUUUUGUGUCACAUGUUUCGACCUAUUUUCACAAAUGAACAAAGAGUUGUUACUAUCCUAAUAUCCCUGCUAAAUCUUAUUCAAUCAGUAAAAAUUCCCUAUACUGUAUAUUUAAUAAAAAAUAAUUUUAUUAAGUAUAAAUCUAUUGAAAAAUAUUCAAUAGAUUAUUUUUCAAACAUCGGUCAAACUGUAUCGCUUCGGUUUGUCGCUCACGUAGGACAAGGCCUUACAUUAUAUUAAUUAAGUGUUGACAGGCAAGAAUAAAUUUUAAUGUAAAUUAGUAGUAGUGAACGUUUUAUGUAAAUUUUAAUAAUAAAAAUUUAUUAAAAUAAA